AUGAUUAGUACAAUUAUACUUAUAUUAAUUAUUGUGAUAAUUGCAUUCAAGAUUAAAUCAGAUGUUACAAUUCCUGAUAAUAAUCCAUUAGAUACAUCUCAAGUAAAAGAACAACCAAUAGUUGAAGGUAAAUUUACUCCUAAAACAUUAGCUAAAUAUAAUGGUAAAGAUGAUCCUAAAAUAUUUAUGGCAGUUAAAAGAAGAGUAUUUGAUGUAAGUCAAGGUGCCGCAUUUUAUGGUCCUGGUGGUCCUUAUGAAAACUUUGCUGGUAGAGAUGCUUCAAGAGGUUUAGCUAAGAAUUCAUUUGAUAAAUCAAUGUUAACUAAUUUAAAUGAUAAAAUUGAUUUACUUGAUGAUUUAAAUGAUUCAGAUAAUGAAACUUUAAAUGGUUGGGAAGAACAUUUUGAAAAUAAAUAUAAAGUUGUUGGUAAGCUUUAUGAAAACGAUGAAAUUGAAUCAAAUGAGAAGGAUUUGUAA